CCCUCUAAGCUUUUGUGUAAGGCUUUAUAAUUGUUCGACGGGGAUUGAUGGAUCAUGUGACAGGAAUGAGUGAGUGGGAGUUGUUCACUAAAGAUACAUACAGUAAGGACAUGCUUUUAUAUCUAAGUGAGUGGCAGUAUCGGUGCAAGGGGAACUCCAUAGCCAGCAGGUGAUACUUCGAACCGGUACAAAGGGAAUUCUAUAGCCGGAUGCACGUCGACUCUCACCCAUAAAUACCUUAGACUAGUUUGGUACUGGCCCAGUUCUGGGACGUCGCAGGACUCCAUCACAUGAGUGAUACAGGCAUAUGAACCCGUAGGACCGUGGGACGAAUAGUAUCGAAAAGCUCGAAUGGUGGCAGUCCGUCUGGCAUGUCUUUGUCGCACGUUAUGCUUGACAUGUCGCGAAGCUCAAAAGUUUGCGCUAUAAAAUACUUCACGUACUUUGAACAAGUAACAUAAGCAUGAUGGUCAUGGCACAAUCCACUCCUCGAGUCUGGCUUAUUACUGGUUCUUCCACUGGGUUCGGCAGGGCGAUGGUGGAAGAAGUCCUGCUUAAUGGCGAGAUUGCUGUCGCGACUCUGCGCAAGCCCUCCGUCCUCGAUGAUCUCGUUGCCAGAUACCCGCGCACACAGCUCUUAGUACUUCCACUGGACGUGACAAAUGAGGCGCAGGUCAAAUCUGCCUUUAUGCAGGCCAAGGACACAUUUGGACGAGUCGAUGUAGUGUAUAACAACGCGGGGCAGAUGUUGAUUCAGGAGCUGGAGGGGGUACCAAUGGACCGUGCCAGGAUGCUGAUGGAUGUCAAUUUCUGGGGCGCUGUAACGGUGAGCUUCGAGGCGGUCAGAUUCUUUAGAGAGGUGAACCCGAAGGGUGCUGGGGGGAUACUUGUCCAAGUAUCAAGCAUGACAGCGACCAAAGCCCACCCGAUGGUCGGGUUCUAUAGCUGCACGAAAGCGGCCUUGGAUUCGUUCACCGAAGUUCUGGCACAGGAGCUCCUUCCCGCUUGGAACAUUCGGUUCGUGAAUGUCCACCCAGGUACAACGCGUACGCCCCUAUUGUUGAGUGAGAUACUAGAGCCUCCAGUAUUGUAUGCAUCGGAACCAACAGCUUUGACGACGAAGAUACGCGCUGGGUGGGAUCCGCUCAACCCAAGUGAUGCGAUUGGUGUUGAAGCUGUGACGAAGCGCAUUUGGUCGGUGACGCGGAUGGGCAACGAGGACCUGCGGAAAGGUAUACAAGAAGGCAUUCCUGGCCUUGUGAACAUGCAUACGGGGAUGGACUCUAUGGAGAACGUGCAUGCAAAAAUCGGGCGACUCCAGGGUGAGCUGAUGUGGAAUAUGAAGGUUCAUUAUGAGUACUAG